AUGGCGUGGAUGAUCCCCAACGAACUUUCCGACAUUGUCACAACUAAAACCUCCUUACCCACACCCUCAACGGAGGAAUGCUUCUACUGGCCGAAGGAGCGACAGUGGGUCCCAGAACGACUCUUGAAGAAGCUCAAACCGGGGGAGAGGCAGCAGUUACAGGGCGCAAAAGCCAUGGUCCAAAAGGCUGCCUCCGGCCAGAGCAAGUGUCGUAAGUGUGGCGGCUCCAUUGCUAAGGGAACACUCCGCGUGGGCUAUCCCACCUCAGACCCCAGGGGAGCGUAUGAGGUGCUCUGCUGCUGGUUGCAUCUGGGCUGUAGCAGAGAGCUGUUCACCCUCAUUCUGAACGAACAGGCAGAAGGAGAUCUCAUUGAACGACUACGAGAGGAUCUCAUUACUUCUAUUUCCUGUCUAGAAGCCGUAGCUGCAAAACCUGUGGACCCACCAAAGACUGAGACGAAAGCCGCAGGUGCACACAACACUCCUAGGGAAGAGUUCACAUCUCUGAAGAACGAACAGCCAGUACGGAGGACACGGGUUACCGGUAGAGAUACGGCCGUAGCAAAGGCAGAACAACGAGAGGAAACUGGCAGUAGCAAAAAGGCCCCAGCGUUUGCACCUUCUACGGCAUGUAAAAGUAGCAACGCUUCCGUGGCCUCUGCCUCUUCCACGCUACAUGAGGGGUCUAACGACUCCGGAAGUCUAGUUGGCGGCGGUGGAUCGGACUGCGCGCAAAAGGACAAAAAGGGAGAUGAUGAGUUACCUGCGCGGGACCGUCUGUUGUUAGACAGAGCUGGAUGUAUCGUUUCCCUCGACCGUUUGUGCUUGAUGGCCGACAGUCUGUCACAAGUGGAACAGCGGGAAGUCCAGGAGGCCCUAGCUGAAGCGGCGCUUUGGUUGUUUUUCCCGGAUGAAGUGCAAAAGGAGACUGUAGCUACUGCAGAAAGGGCCGAAGAAGUGCUGGAAGGGCUCACCAGGAGGGUUAUCAAGGGGCGUGUAGCAUCUCCCAAUGGGCUACUGUUGCCGCUUCUACCUUUCCAGGAAGAGGGCCUGUGGUGGCUGGCGCAACAAGAGGCUUCUCACAUCAAAGGAGGCAUAUUAGCUGAUGAGAUGGGAAUGGGGAAGACAAUCCAAAUCAUAUCUCUGCUACUGUGCCGUCCGCUUCCCUCACUCCCUGACUCCGUGCCCUCUUUGAUGAGAGCCUGUGUGUGCUCCACAUUGAUAGUCACUCCCCUAGCUGCACUGCUGCAGUGGAAGAGUGAACUUGAUAGGUUUGUGGUUCCUGGCCGACUUUCGGUGCUCAUAUACCACGGGUCCCAGAGACGGGCCCUCCAUUCGGUCCUUCAUCAGUACGACGUCGUUUUGACAACGUAUCAAACUGUUGAACAGGAUUUCCGCAAGCAAAUAAACAAACACAAGGUUUCGUGCAAGUACUGUGGGAGGCUUUUUAUGCGGGACAAGCUAUUCAUUCACCAGAAAUACUUCUGUGGGCCCGAUGCCCAGCGCACCGCCAAGCAGAGGCUGACCGAACGCAAAGUGGAUGAAGGUACAAAGCGAGCGAUGGUUUCGCUAAACAUCAUCAACGCAGACGACAAGGAAAAUGUGGGCGCAGUUGCAGUGGCUGCUUCUGCAACGAAGAAACGGAGCAGCAAAAAGAGGAAGGAUGCAGCAACAGAAGAACGAACAGGGCCUGUAUCUUUCGUACCGACGCCAGGCAACUGUUUAAAGGAGUUGCUUGAGCAGGCAAACAUCAACCCCGAUGAAGUGGGGCCUCUGCCAUGGUUAGGGCCCCACGCCUACCGCAGCGCGAAAGCUGCUGCAGAAGCAGCGGAGUCCCCUGGAUACAAGAGACAAAAGACAGCCUCAGAGAGCAGCAGCAGCGCCAGUAGCGAGGCAAAGGGCAACAAUGACGACGAAGAAACAGGGGAGAAUGGUGAGCUAACCAUGGCUGAAGUCAGUCGCUUGAAAGUAGCAGAGCUGAGAGAACUCAUUAAGGCCCUUGGGGGGACCAUAGUAGCCCGGUCGACGAAGGCCCAGUUGCUGGAACAGCUGGAACCACUGCUUCAGAGAAGCUUGUUGAGAGAGGCGGCAGCAGAUACCCGAGGGAACGAUUCAGAGGGGACAAGUACCCACAAGAGUAGCUCGAGGAAGCCACAUGAAUCCAGUGAAGGGGACCAAGGAGAUGGUGAACUGCAGCCGCAGCAGGGGGCUGCACCGAAGGAGUGCCGAAGCAGACCCCAAGCUGGGAGAAAUGUAAAAUGCAGGAACGGUUCGCAGUUGGAAGCGCCCAGCGAUGGUGAGAAAGAUGUGGAGCAUACUAGACGCUCACCAAAGAGUGGCAGCAGCACCGGAAACGGCGAAACACAUGCACUCGGUACCAAGGCACAAGAUGUGCAGCCAGUAACACGCGAGCGCCAGGGGGCGGGUGCAUCCGUCAAGCAUGAAUUAGAGGAGUUUAGUGGCGACGGACGAGCCCAUCACUCGACAAAAGAGUCAGCAGGCAGCACUAAUAGUAGUAGCAACAGCAGGAAGAAUAAGCCAGCCUUUAAAUACGUCAAACCAGUAAAGCCGCAAGAGCAACGAUGCGAAGCGGACUCGUCAGAGGACGGCAGACCUCUUUCUGUAUCCAAAAAGAAGAAGCCCACCGAAGAGAGUAAAGACAAGACUGCAGAAGUGCGGAAAAACCGCAAGUACAGCGGCAAGAAGGGCAGUAGGAAAGUUGGCCAAAACUGCAUCAAACCCAAAAAGCCAGUCAAGAAGGCGUCGGAGAAGCGCUCAGGGCGCCGGCGGCCAGCAUCCCGAAGACCCGACAGCAGCGCAAGCGAGUGGGAAAGUAGCAGCACAGAAUAUGAGCCAUCUGAUUCUUCAUCGUCAGAAAAUGAUUCCUCAGAGUCAUUCGUUGCGACAACGUCAGAUGGGGGGCCCGAUGAUGCAGACUCCGAUGUUUCAUCAGUUAUAUCCGUCCUCUCUUCUGAUAGCACGAAACGACGUGCCCGGACGAGCCGAAAUGCUGACAGCAGCAAUAGCAAAGAACCACCCAAGAGGAUACCCCUCACCCCAGUAGACGAGUUGCUGUGGGGCAAGGCCUUAGGCGACACAGAAUCCGAAAACGAAGAGGAGGGUGGGCAGGUAAAAGAGAGACUGGAGGAGGACCCUAACUUGGUAGAGGCCCUUCGACAGUCUCCUCUUCAUGGGGUUGUGUGGCAGAGAAUUGUGCUGGACGAAGCCCACAGGAUCAAAUCGAGGAACAGCAGCACAGCUCAAGCAAUAUUUGCUCUGCGCAGCGCCACUAUUAAGGUUCCAGGAUGUCACGGGAAGAAAGAGCAACGGCAGAAACAGGUGCUGGAGAAGCAGGUAGACGUGGAAGAUGCAAAGGACUCUUGUGACAGCGAUGCGAUCCAGCCGGUUGUUAUUGCAGGCGAUGAUGGGCAGGGAACAGCUGAUCACAGGAGUCGCAAGGUCAGAAGCCACUGCGGUAAGAAACGGCAGCUGCAACCGCAGGAUAAGCAACAACAACGGCGGGCUCAGGAAGAAAAACAGGAUGAGGAUGCGGAAACCGAGCAGCAGGGAGGGUCAGCCAAGGUCGCUGGCUCCUCCGAAAGCAUGGAAAGGACGCGUCACGGCAGCUCCAGUAGGGGCCCUGGAGACAGCGGCAACGAGGUGGCGCGUGUUGUUACUUCCCGCUGUGGAACAGAACCGGAUUUUUCGAUUGUUGUGGGAGGCUGUAGGUGGUACUGUGACAAGUGUUCUCAUACGCGGAUGACACACUAUUCAUUCUUUUGCCGCCGCGUUGUCAAGCCAAUUAAAGAGUUUGGCUAUCAAGGGGAGGGAAUCGUGGCCCUUGAGACCUUGAAGAGGGAGGUGCUGGAUGUUUGUUUGCUCCGGCGUACAAAGGUAGAGAGAGCAGCUGACGUUAAGCUGCCUCCUCUUGUCGUGUCCAUAAGAAGAGACGCUUUGAGCCCACAAGAAAGGGAUUUCUACGAGUCCCUUUUCAAGCAAACGGCCACUCAAUUCGACUCGUAUGUGAAAAGUGGAACAGUUCUCCACAACUUCGCGCACAUCUUUGACUUGUUGUCGCGGCUUCGCCAAGCAGUGGACCACCCUUAUCUCCUCAUUCACGGGUCUCUUCAGUCGAAGGAGGGUUGUUCGCCACUACCUACCGACUCACGCAAUGCACAGCAAACUGGCGUCUGCGCCAUUUGCCAGGAAGACAUGGAUGCAAUAGUAUGA